AUGGCUGAAGAGAAAGUGAAAAUGCGUAAGCAAUUGGGACUGUUAGAGGGCAUCGCUAUUAUAUUAGGAAUAAUAUUUGGUAGUGGUAUUUUUAUUAGCCCCAGAGAAGUUAUCGAAAAAACCGGGUCAGUUUGGGGUGCACUAACCGUAUGGGGUGUUUGUGGUAUAUUGGCAACCCUUGGCGCUUUAUCAUAUGCUGAAUUAGGUACAACAUUAGCACAAAGUGGAGGUGAUUAUCAUUAUAUCAAUGAAGCCUAUGGUGCACUUCCGGCAUUUCUUUACUUAUGGGAUGCCAUUGUGGUGUUUGUGCCGAGCACAAAUGCUAUAAUGGCAUUAACUUUUGCAAACAAUGUCCUGAGUCCUAUAUUCCCAUCAUGUCCCAUAGAACCAUUGUCAAAGAAACUGAUUGCAGCUGCUACAAUAUGUCUCUUAACAUUCAUCAAUGCAUAUGAUGUGAAAAUUACAACUCGAGUGCAAAAUGUGUUUAUGUUCACAAAGAUAGCGGCGCUUGCAGUGAUCAUUAUUGGAGGCAUUGUGUGGAUGGCUAGAGGAGGGGUAGAACAUUUUGAAGAUGGCUGGGCUGGAACAUCAACUUCUGUAGGCGAUUGGUCAGUUGCGUUCUACUCUGGAAUUUUUUCAUACUCAGGGUGGAGUUACCUCAAUUUUAUGACAGAGGAGCUGAGGGAUCCAUUCAAGAAUCUGCCACGUGCUAUCUACAUAUCACUGCCACUUGUUACUGGCAUCUAUCUGUUAGCUAAUGUCGCAUAUAUGGCUGUAUUGGGUCCUGUGGGUGUCAAAGCAACUGAGGCUAUUGCUGUUGACUUCGCAGUUGUGGCGUUGGGUUUCAUGCGAUGGUUGAUGCCCACUUUGGUGGCCGUAGCGACAGUGGGGGGAUUGUCUGUGCACAUAAUGGCGUCAUCGAGAAUGUGUUUCGCCGGCGCGAGAAAUGGUCACAUGCCAGAAUUAUUGGCGCACAUCAACUUCAAGUGUAUGACGCCGUUGCCUUCACUUUUGUUUCUGAUGUUAAUAUCGCUUGUGAUGCUGAUACCGGACAAUCUGACCACCCUGAUAACUUACUGUACGGUUGUUGAGUCUUUCUUCACCACGCUCAGCUGUAGCGCCGUGUUGUGGUUGCGUUACAAGAAACCACACCUUCCUAGGCCCAUCAAGGUACAAGUAUGGAUACCUUCACUAUUCGUGUUGGUGUCUACUAUAUUGCUGGUGGUGCCAAUAAUGAGUGAGCCGGUGGCGGUUGUGGCCGGUGCUCUAAUGACUCUACUGGGUGUACCAGUAUAUUUCGCGUUCAUAUGGACCCGACCACAGAUUAUUCAAAACUUGUCUAUUAAAUUCACUCAUACUUGCCAAAAGUUAUUUUUAUCAGCUGUGGAAGACAAAGAAGAUUGA